AUGUCACUGACACCACGAACGCCCCAAUAUCGAUCUGGACGAGCUGAAGAAGGGUAUACCCAGGACGAGCUGCGAGAAAUGCAUGGCGAAUAUCCAGAGGAUGAUCCACAGUCGUCCGCUGCGCCUCUGCUGUCGGCAGGUAGUCCACGUACGGAUGAGCCAAAGGGCGGAAAAGCAAUGGCGGCGACGGCCGCUUCAAAGCUACCAAUUGUGUUCCUCUCGUUCGUCGCAGGAUUCAUUUUCUUCCUCACUGUCGUCGAGUAUCGGCGUCCUGGGACGCUGGAAUGGUAUCUGGGCAUACCAAUACCGUCCUUCGAGCAGAUGCCGGCCUCGACUGGGAACCACGACGACCUCAAUUCUUCGCUUAUCAUCUCAUACGAAAACUAUACCAGCUUUCCGCUCAGCACUCAUGACUACCUUGUCGAAUGCUACAAGAUGCAUCCCGGUGGAUUCAUGCCGUCUACAAGGUUUUGGGAGCCAACAGCGGCGGGGUUGAUGGAUGUCGUGCACGGCGAGGACAAGGAUGUAUGCUCCAGCACCAUCACAUAUAUGCUGGAUGGAAAGAUCGGGCUCGUGGCGGAUUUGGCGUUAAUGGCACAGGCAGCUGCACUGGCGCGGGAGCGGAAUAGGACCUUCUUCAUCGACGAUACCUACUGGAACAGGGGAAAAUGGCUUGACCAUUUCCAAGACGUCAGAGAGACACAGCCUGGUCCGGAGCCUGGCUGUAAACAACCGCCACCACAAGAAUAUGUUGCUUGUCCUAGACAUGCAAGACACUGGAUUAUCACUUCGCGAACCGCCAAGUUCCAUUUUGGACAGAUGUAUUAUGAACACUAUGAAAAUGGAUAUGCACAAAACACUAACCGUCUUAAACCUAUCUAUGACUUCGCUGCUGGAUCUCUGCGGAAUACAAUAAUACCCAAUAUUGAAAACGCUCGACUCAUCAGCUCUGCACGAGCAGAGGUCGCUGUUUUAUCAUCUAUGUAUCUCUCCGUACACCUUCGCCGUGGAGACCGCAAACCCUCCUCGUACGCGUAUCACGGGGGCUAUGUUCCAACGAAUGACUUUGUCGACGCGCUAGACGAUGCGGCUAGAAGGCUGCAGCGUGGUGACCACCCUUCCCUCGUAUACCUCGCAUCGGAUUCACCGACGGCACUGGAAGAGAUAUCUACCUUAUUACCUUCCGUCUAUUCGCUGUCGCGGAGUGCAAACGCAGAGCUGAAAAGCCUCGUCAGUCCCGGGGAAUAUUUCCAACGGGACUUUGACAAAUACGACCUGGAGACAAGAAUUAGGGCCACGCGAGGCAUGAUUGUGGACUUUGCACUCCUCAGUGGGGCAUGGAAUGAAGCAGGUCCUGACGCUGUUGUUUGUACCGUAAGUUCUGCCGUAUGCAAGUUAUCUGCUGUGGCACUUGGUUGGGAGAAAGCUUUUGGACAUCUCGAUAAGUAUGGCCUUAUCGACAGGCAGUUGAUGAGUUGGGUUGAUGUCGACCAAAAGGGUCGCAUCAUACCGGAAUGGGCGGCAUUCGAUCUAUUCAACUAA